UGAGAUGAAAAUGAUUCUGAUGGGCUUGAGCAUCUAAACCCUAAAGUCAGACUCAGAGAACUUAUUUCAGAGAAAAGUAAAGAUUGCAGAUGCACUUUUUCAUUUUGAGGAUGCAAUUGAACUGAGGGAGUAAUUGCUUUGUGUAGACGAGAUGUCGAGAAAAACGGAAUCUAAACCAGCUACGUCGAGUGUGAUUGCAAGAUUAAUGGGACUUGAUCAGCUCCAACCUCGGCAACCUGUCAAUGAGCAGAGAAAGCUUCACAGAGUGCUUUCGGAGAAUUAUCUGUGUAAAGCUGCUUCGAUAGGCGCUUGGGAGAAGUGCUCUUCCGGUGAACGCAGUUCGUUUUGGUUCGGUGUUGAAGAGACAAAGGGGUUCAAGGAUGCAUUUGAAGUAAUAGAAUCAGUAGAGAUAGAAAAGGGAAGAGUAGACUUAAGAUCGUCUCCGGAACGAAAGCAUGUCAAAGGGUCAGGAUUUGUGGAUUCUACAGAGGGUUGUUCUGAACAUGGUUUCGAGAAACCAGGUUAUCUGAUCGCCAAGCAUUUCUAUGAUCAAGAGAAUCCUAAGGUGCUUCAGAAACUCGAGAAUGGUUUCGUAAAAGAUUCUCGAAGGGAAUACGGACAUGAUAGUACUUCUACGGUUCCUAGAUUUCAUCUGGAAUCAAACAAUGAAAGAUGCCCUUCCUCUAGAAAAAUUGUCAUUUUGAAACCAAAGCCUGUAGAGGCUGAAACCGAUAAUAAACACGAAGGGUUCCUUGGUCACGGAAAAGGAAAUUCGCAUGCUCGAGUUAAGGAGAACUUUUUCAAUGGUGUAAAAUCCUCCACGCGUAGAUCUAUCCCUUCCUCUGAAACUUCUUUUGAGCCGCCAAGGUUAGGAUUCAGUGGUGCUCAAGGUCUUACAAAAGAGCCAGAGUUCCUGAUGGUUUCUUCCCAAAGUAACUCUGAUGUGAACAACUGGGACAAGCCCUCAUGUUACGACUUAGGCGGAUCACAUGUGGCUCGAGAACCGAAGCAACAAAUCUUUGAAAGAUGGAGGGUGAGUGAAGACUUUCGGGAGAUUGGACUUGCUUUUGGGGGUAGGGGCAGAAGCAGAUCACUUGGUGAAAUGCUUGCAUUGCCCGAUCAUGCUAAACGUGCAAACUUCCGUGGUCCUUUUGGCAUUUGCAGUAAAGAUGGCUGGAAAAACAGUGUCAUUGGAGACUUGAACUCACAAUCAUAUUCUACAUCUGUUGGAAGUACUCUAACCAAGACUAUGACUAUUAGGUCGGUGUUUCCUUGGUCUAUAAGGAAGUCAGUUAAGCAGGUUCCCAGCGGGAAAUAUUGUUCGAAACAAAGAAACUUGCAACCCAACUGCAAGCAGUCUCAAUCUAGUCCAGACCUAGAAUCGGAAAAGAAUCACUUAGAAUCAGAAAAGAACCACUUGCUAGAAGAAAAUUCUACGUUUUCUGAAAACGAAAUCAUUCCAGUUGAUCAAUGGAAUGACUUCAAGGAUAGGAAGUUGUCUUCUGAGGAUUGUGUGGUACCUGAGAUGUACUCGGCUGGACCUCAAAGCAUUGUCUCUGAUAUGGUGGUUGCUGUAGAAACCCCGGAUGAUGCCGCCAAGUCUACCGGAAAUCAUAACCAGCACCAGUUUGUAUCGACAGACUGCGCUAUGUCGGAUAAAGACCAUAAUUCUGCUUUCUGUAUCCCCGGUGCUUGGAGUCAACAGGAAGAUAUAUCAAUGAAAAUAUCCGAAGAUGCGGAACAGACCCUGAUUUUCAAGCUACCUUGGAGACAGCUAAUCAGCCCAGUCCGGUUUCGGUUUUGGAAACACCAUUCUUAGAAGGGAAUUCAUUGAGCUAUAAGUGCUUUUUGAGUGUCACCGACAGCUUAAAUGAUGUGAAGCGGCAACUCGAAUUUAUAAAAUCGGAGUCAAUUGAAGAAUACUCUGAAGGACUGGGAAUGGUUGUCUCAAGUGACGAUGAAAAUGAUGUAGUAGAUGAGCCUUUUAGGUAUAAAGGAAAUGAAUAUUCAACAAAGUUGUUUGGAGUUGCAGAGAGUAGGGAUUUCUUCUAUUUGGUCGAUGUCUUAACCGAGGCAGGUUUUCAUGAUAG